GUAAGACGCUGGAAACCCUUUACAUUUCUUGUUAUUUUGACGGUGUGUAACAUGGCGAGCCUGGCAGAUGUCGGCUGGAAACUCCUGGAAUUCAAAGCCCGGUCAAAGAGAUCAGAUUUGUGAUUUAGCUGAGAGAGACGAUUGACCUUAUUUUCACCAUUUGAGAAUGGCUGUGGCUGCCCAGCCCCGUCGGAAAGUUCACCGACUCGGUUCCAUCUAUGAACCUCUCAAACUGUCCAUUCUCCAGCGGGAGGAUGAGCCCCUUUGGGAGAAGCUGGACCGUUACUACAAUGCUGUUAAGAUGACUAUUCUAAACUACCAGAGUCCCACCACUGGCCUUUUCCCUGUCAAAAUAUGCUCCACCUGUAAGGAGGCCAAGGUCCGGGACUCCUUGUACUGUGCUGCUGGUGCCUGGGCUCUGGCACUGGCAUACCGACGUAUUGAUGAUGAUAUGGGGCGGACCCAUGAAUUGGAGCAUUCUGCCAUCAAGUGCAUGAGAGGGAUCCUCUACUGCUACAUGAGACAGGCUGAUAAAGUGGAGCAGUUUAAAAAGGAUCCCAGCCCCUCUAAGUGUCUGCACUCUGUGUUCCAUGUUGACACUGGUGAUGAGGUCUACUCCAACAGUGACUACCACCACUUGCAGAUCGAUGCUGUUUCACUGUUUCUGCUGUACCUGGUGGAGAUGAUCUGCUCUGGUCUGCAGAUCAUUUACAACACUGAUGAGGUUUCCUUCAUCCAGAACCUGGUGUUCUGUGUGGAGAGAGCCUACAGGGUGCCUGACUAUGGCAUGUGGGAGCGAGGCAGCAAAUACAAUAACGGCAGCACUGAGUUACAUUCCAGCUCCGUAGGCCUUGCUAAAGCUGCUCUUGAGGCCAUCAAUGGAUUCAACCUAUUUGGAAACCAGGGCUGCUCCUGGUCUGUGAUAUUUGUGGAUCUGGACGCCCACAACAGGAACAGGCAAACCCUUUGCUCCCUCCUGCCUCGAGAGUCUCGCUCCCAUAACACAGAUGCAGCCUUGCUUCCAACCAUCAGCUAUCCUGCCUUCGCGGUUGAUGAUGACGCCCUCUAUAGUCAAACCCUUGACAAGAUUGUUCGCAAGCUACGGGGCAAAUAUGGCUUCAAACGCUUCCUUCGUGAUGGAUACCGUACCGCCAAUGAAGACAAGCAUCGCUGCUACUACAAACCUGCAGAAAUGAAGCUUUUUGAUGGAAUCGAGUGCGAGUUUCCCAUGUUUUUCAUCUACAUGAUGAUUGACGGAGUGUUCAGAGGAAACAAGUCUCAGGUCAAAGAGUAUCAGGACCUCCUUGAACCCAUCAUCUUCCAUUCUUAUGAGGGCCAUGCUGUGAUCCCCAAAUACUACUAUGUACCGGCUGAUUUUGUGGAGGCAGAACAGAACAAGCAUGGCAGCCAGAAGCGGUUUCCCAGCAACUCUGGCCGUGAUGGGAUGGUCUUCCUGUGGGGUCAGGCCCUGUACAACAUUGCCAAACUGUUGGUGGAUGAGCUGAUCAGCCCGAAGGAUAUUGAUCCCAUCCACCGCUACGUGCCCCGUCAGGAGCAGCGCAAUGUCAGCAUGCGCUACUCCAAUCAGGGUCCCAUAGAGAAUGACGUUGUGAUUCACGCGGCUCUGAUAGCUGAAAGCCAGAGAUUGCAAGUAUUUUUGAACACCUAUGGCAUUCAGACCCAGACACCCCAGCAGGUGGAACCCAUCCAGAUCUGGCCUCAGAAGGAACUGGUCAAGGCAUAUCGUUUCCUUGCCAUCAAUAAGAAGCUGGGGUUGAGUGGGCGUCCAGAUAGGCCAGUGGGGUGUAUUGGGACCUGCAAGAUUUAUCGCAUUCUGGGCAAGACGGUGGUGUGCUACCCAAUAGUGUUUGAUCUAAGUGACUUUUACUUGUCCCAAGAUGUUAUGCUGCUGAUUGAUGACAUUAAGAAUGCCUUGCAGUUCAUCAAACAGUGCUGGAAGAUGCAGGGGCGUCCUCUGUUCCUGGUUCUCAUCCGCGAGGAUAACAUCAAAGGGAGCCGCUUCAACCCAGUCCUGGACAUGCUGGCCGCGUUCAAGAAAGGCAACAUCGGCGGAGUCAAAGUUCACGUUGACAGACUCCAGACCCUGAUAUCUGGAGCAGUUGUGGAGCAGUUGGACUUCUUGCGAGUCAAUGAGGCAGAGAUCCCAGAAUUCAAGAGCUUUGAGGAGCUUGAGAUGCCAAAGCACUCUAAGGUGAAGAGACAGACAAGCACACCCAACGCCUCAGACCUGGAACAGCAGCCAGAGAUCAGUGUGGAGGAGUGGCAGCACAAGUCCACCCAGGAAAUCAUCCAGAAGUUCCAUGACUGCGACUGCUUGGCCAGUCAGGCUCAGCUUGCCAGCAUCCUGCUUAGGAGAGAAGGACCAGACUUCCUUUCCAAAGAUGAGAACCUGAUGGAUGAACUGGAGAGAAUUUACAGAAGAGCCGGCAGCAGAAAGCUUUGGUCUGUUGUCCGUCUUGCUGCCAGUCUCUUAACUAAGCUAGUGGACAGCCUUGCCCCCAGUAUUACUAGUGUUUUAGUACAUGGCAAGCAGGUAACCCUCGGCCUAUUCGGCCAUGAGGAGGAGGUGAUCUCUAACCCACUGUCCCCAGGAGUGAUCCAGGGCAUCAUCUACAGCAAGUGCUCCCCUCACGGUGGGGAGAGGGAGGCUGUUUUACAGCAGGAACUGGUCAUCCACAUCGGAUGGAUUAUCUCCAACAACCCUGAGCUGUUCAGUGGCAUGCUCAAGAUCAGAGUCGGGUGGAUCGUUCAGGCCAUGAAACAUGAGCUAAAGAUCCGUGCAGGAGACAUGCCACCACAGGACAUCUACCAACUGUCCCCCAGCGACAUCAAGCAGCUCCUGCUGGAUGUCCUGCAGCCACAACACACCGGCAGGUCUUGGCUGAACAGGCGUCAGGUCGACGGCUCUCUGAACAGGACCCCGCUGGGCUUUUAUGAUCGUGUGUGGCAGAUCCUGGAGAGGACCCCCAAUGGUAUCGUGGUGGCUGAGAAUCACCUCCCACAGCAACCAUCACUCUCUGACAUGACCAUGUAUGAGAUGAACUUCUCCCUGCUGGUAGAGGACACGCUGAAGAAUAUCGUCCUGCCUGAGUACAGACAAAUCAUAGUAGAGCUGUUGAUGGUGGUGUCUAUAGUGCUAGAGAGAAACCCAGAGCUUGAGUUCAGUGACAAGGUGGAUCUGGACGGACUGGUGAAGGAAGCCUUUAAUGAUUUCCAGAGAGACCGCAGCCGCUUUGAAGGAAUGGAGAAACAGGACAACAUGGAGGCAUUCUACAACACACCACCGGUGGGAAAGAGAGGCACCUCCAGCUACCUGACCAAGGCUGUAAUGAUCCUGCUGCUGCAGGGCGACGUCAAGCCCUGCAAGGAUGACCCGUGCUCUGUUAGUUAGAUUUACAGCACUUUGACCCCUAAUCCCAGCCAGCUGCAGUGUAGUCUUCAAAUGGUCCCAGAAGACUACUGCGAAUUUAUCACAUGUAUUCUAAAGAUAACUGCUAAUGUCUCCGGUCCUUCUUUAGCAGGACUUUGCCCACUCCAGUCGACAUAGAUUAGCAGGUCUGCAGUUUGCUCUGGAGCUUAAAACACCAAUGUAAAAACAAAAUCAUUGGGAAUGAUACUCUCAGUUCCACAAGGUCCUUCACGUAUCUGUGUUUUGUUGCUGCCCAGAAUCCCAACCCUACUGGUAAAUCAACUUAAGUUUUAACGUUAUUUAUCCUGCCUUAAUGUCUCAUAACUUGCUAAUGUCACCACAUAUCCAGUUAGCUGUUUUUACACUGUAUCUAAGUGUUGUUUAUUAGUAUAUCUGUACUAUAUUUCAAAAAUUAAUAUACUGUACAUCAUUUGUUCAAAGUCUCCCAGUCAAAAUGAUACUGAGCGACAGCUAGGAACAGCUAGCAAGUAAAUCAAUCAGCCGUAACAUUAAAACCACUUCAUAUUGGUCCUGAUUGGCUUGUUCUGGUGCAUCCUGUGGAAUGGGAUGCAAAUAAUCUAGAGGCAAGUAGCAUCCACAUGAACACCAGAACCUGAGGUUUCCCAGAGGAACAUGGCAUUGUGAUGAGGUGAUCAACUCUCAGUGAUUUUAAUAUUGUGACUAAUCAGUGUUUAUUCAUAAAAAAAAAUAAGAAAAUAAGGGAAAAAUCACACAUCUGGUAAUAGGUUGGAGUUGGCUUACCUCAGCUUAGCUUAGCAUAUAAGCAUAACAUGAGAGAAACUUCUAGCCUGACUCCAGUCCAGAGCUAAAGGAAUAUCUUAACACACAGGUAUUAUGGAAUUCUCUGUAAUAAAGCAAAUUACUUCCUCUUAUUUUUGGUGUUGUUUAGAAUACUGUUAUAAAUGUUCUCUGUUCUGUCUCAGGUACAGAGCUAUUAUGAACUACUAAAUGAACCAGGCUCAGCUGUGACCAUUCAAGCUGUAUCUUGUAUCUCACCAGCAGUUACAUAGCAAUUUAAAGUACAAGAUCAUAUUGUAUCACGAGAAUUUUUCAUAUUGAUAUAUUUAGCUCCCCAGGACCUAAAACAUGUACAGCCUUUUCACCUGAAAUUGAAAGCAGUUAUUUCUGAAAUUAUUUCAUGAAAAAAGUGUCGGAAUCUUCUUCAGAAUACAUGUUCGUGGGUCUUUGGCAUUAGAGGAGUUGACAACUGCUGCACUUAGUAUUCAGUUAUUCAAUGUGUUUUUUGGUGGGGUUACACAGUACAGUAUAUUGUUCUGCUCAAACUCAAACAUCUAAUAGACGUGUAUACAUGUCUAUUAGAUGUUUGUUGUACUGUGUUGAGUUUCUCUUUAAAGAACACUGUGUUCUAUCACCCUAUGCAUGCAGAGUGUGCCGCAUGACAAUAGGUUCUGUUCACUGUAAACCAUUGCAAAGGUUUGUCUGAAUGGUACGGGCAACAAAAUAGAGUUUUUGAGAGGUCUGUUUUGCACAACAGGCCGCUGCAUGACAAUGACUACAGUUCAUCAGACGUCCAAGUAGUGUUUUGCUGAAUGUGGGCAACAGAAAAGAUUGCUGCCAUCCUUACAAAGGUAGGUAGAAAUGAUAAAAGACUCAGUCUGACUUAUUUUUAAGUGGGCCUCUCUGAAUAUCAUCACUGUGAUGAAUCUGCCCGACCUUGUCACAACGUGUUUGAACGUGUGUGUGUGUUGUUUGCCUCUGUCUUUCAAAAGAAGUAUUUUUAACUCAAAACUGUAAUUUCAGAGAAUAAAGUUGUGGAAACUGUAAAA